AUGGAGCUCUUCCUGUUCCACUUUCGACAGACGGGGAAUACCCUUGAACAGGUAUUCCUCGGAACCAAGGCUUUUGGCACCAUCGAGCCUGUAAACAUGGAAGCGAUACUGAACACCAACUUCAAGGGGAACCGUCCAGAUUACGGUAUGGGGCUAAGGAGGGAAAUCACUUUUCCUAUGUUUGGAGACGGCAUCUUCACCCAGGAAGGAGCGUCAUGGAAGCAUUCACGAGAAUUGCUAAGACCACAGUUCGUCUAUCAGCACUAUGAGAACCUGGCCGUGUUCCGUGAUGCUGUUGAAGAUCUUCUUACUGCCAUCCCAGGCAGUGGAGGAGUCGUGGAUUUGCAACCAUUGUUCUUCCGCCUCACCCUUGACACGACAACUGCAUUCCUCUUUGGUGAAUCCGUCCAAAGUCUGCGAGCGCCCGCAUCAGCCGGAGAGCAGACCUUUUCGGACGCUUUCAAUACUGCUCAGGGAUAUGUGGCCAAAAGAUUCCGGCUUAUGAAUAUCUAUUGGUUGGUUGGCGGUGUCAAAUUUAAGAAAGCCUGCCGCGAUGUCCACAGAUUUGCGGACCAAAUCAUUGAACGGAAUCUGUCUGGGGAUAGAUACAAAAAGGAAGAAGACGGCUCUUCUACUUUCCUGGACACGUUAGCGAAGAGUGUGCCGGACCGAAGUGCUCUUCGAAGCCAGAUUAUCAAUCUCCUCGUUGCCGGUCGUGACACCACUGCUUGUCUCCUGGCAUGGUCUUUUUUUACACUAGUUAGAUAUCCGCAUGUCCUUGCCAGAUUGCGAGCAGAAGUCAGCGCAGCCUGCGAAGGUAAGUCGGAAUUGAGGCGCGACGACCUCAACAGCAUGAAGUAUUUGCAAAAUGUUAUCAAAGAAACGCUUCGUCUAUACCCGUCUGUGCCGGUCAACUCUCGAGCAGCCGUCAAAACGACCAUCCUCCCGACGGGCGGUGGCCCUCAGGGAAAGUCGCCAGUUUUGAUCCCUGAAGGCUCCUCUGUUGCGUAUAGCGUAUACUCGAUGCACCGAAGAGUCGACCUGUACGGGCUAGACGCUGAGCUCUUCCGCCCGGAAAGGUGGGACGAGGACAUGCCGUUAUACAGAGAUGCUACGAGCGCAAAAUGGGGCUAUCUUCCCUUCAAUGGGGGACCAAGGAUGUGCCUUGGAAUGGACUUUGCGGUGACCGAGGCCGCCUAUACGAUUGUUCGACUCAUCCAAAGAUUUCCGAUCAUCCAACUACCCCCCGGUGAGAUCGUAGAGCCCACUGGUGUCGAGAAGCAGACAAUGACACUGGUGAUGUUCAGUGCUCAGGGCUGCAAGGUUGAAUUACGCUGCUGA